GGCAGUGGGGAGCCCUCUGGUUAUGGAUCCCAACAGUAUCUGCAGGAAGACCAAGCGACUAGCGGGAAAGCAGGCUGAGCUGUGCCAGACCCAGCCAGAGAUCGUCCACGAGGUCGCCAAGGGUGCCAAGCUGGGUGUACGGGAGUGCCAGUACCAGUUUCGCUUUCGCCGCUGGAAUUGCACCAGUCAGAACAAGUACUUUGGCAAAAUACUCCAACAAGGUGAGUGCAGACUUGUCGUUAUGGAAAUAAAUAGGAACCUUUAAUAAUUACCCCCUAGUUUUUCCAAUACCUCCACACACAUGCUGCCUGACAUGGAGAAUGAUCAUCUAAGUGCCUUUCUCAUGGUUCAAAAGUCUAUCACUUAGGACGUGACCCCUUGACCCUUUGAGUGCACAGCCAAUGGCAUCACUUCAAUUUCAGGUCUGAUCCCAAGUACAGUGGAGAACAAGGCCAUCUGUUGUGUGUUAACAAGACAUAUUUACACUUGACUGCUCCUCUUUUGCAUUAAAUUGCACACUCAAAAUUAUCUCCUAAAUUGCUUCAAAAUAACCAUUGAUCUCUAACAUCAUCGGUGCUCUUUGAAGUCAGAAAUAAAACUAAUGUAGGGUCCUGCUACUAUGCAAUUAUUGUCCUGCUUUUUGUACGAUGUCUCGUCCUUUUUCACUUUCCUGUUCGUGGUUCAUAGAGACCAUUCUGUGUGUACCAACAAGGAAGUGUUUUGUCAACAAGCCACCGUUUAGAUCCAAUACAGUGUAUCCUUUAUCGGCUUUAUCUUCUUAACUAUUUAGCUAAUACAUGGCCUUUAGAGGACGUCUUUCAUAUUCAAAACAAUUAGAGUACUGACGUACCGCUGGCACUGACAAAAUUCCUGUUCUUCAUCGUCAGUAAUCUGACACAAGAAAUGCCCAUUAUAAAUUUCACUUAAAGAUUUUCCGUCUCAAAGAACCGCUGCCUAGUUCUUAAGACUAUAUUCGGAGUUAAACAUAUCUCAUGCCGUAGUCGAGCCAUAUAAGUAAUUCCAGACGAAGCCUGUAAUCUCCUGUGGUAAAGCUAAGUAUUCUGCAGGUGCUUUAACAUAAUUUUGGUCACUCAAUGAGGAAGAUCUGGGUAUUAAGAUGAUACCUCCUGUGCUACAUUACAUACGUCAUCUUCCUGUAAACUGUGGUUUGUAUCGUUCCUGUUUUGUUGCUGAGAGCCAGCAGAGGGCAGAGUGCCUGUUGUGUGGUAUGUCUCCUCUGGUGAAAUGUUGAUCCAAACGUUGUCAGAGAUACAACUAGAACAUUGAUUUGACCUGGUUAUAUGUGACCACUCUUAUUGGACUGAUCAGUUCACAUACAGACUGAUCUGAAUAGCAUCUUUGUAGCUUUAGUUGAGUGUGAAUUGAGUGAAGAGAUUUUACUGUCAGGAUUAGGCUACAACAUUAGCUACUCCUUUCACUGAGAACUGGAGAACUCUGUGAAACUGCUAGGCAAAAUGGUAAUUAAUCAUAAAUUCCUCCAUGUCUAUAGGUAAGGCUUAAGUGCUCCUCUGUUUUGAAGCAUUCAGCACAAUUACCAAGAUUUACCGCUAAUGACCAUUUGUCAGUGCAGGGAGAUCUGCAAAGACAGGUUCACUUUCUCACAUGAACCCGGUGGGCUGGGGCUGCUGCACAAAGUAGCUUACAUUUUUCACCCUUUGCAAAAAUAACUUGAGGCUAUUUUUCUUAUAUAUUUUAACUUAUAAACCAGAGCUGUUGUUGUGUUGGCUUCCCGAGGCCAGAGGUUAGACGUGCUCAGAGACAAUAUGUGGUUGUGAUUAGAUAUAAUAAUCUGAAUAUAAUUUCUACUGCCACCUCAGGAAUGCAGCUCAAUAUUCCUUUGUCAAAAUGUUCCUGCUUCUGUCUGCUUCUCUGUCAGUCAUCAUUUGGGAGCUUUGCAUCGUCUGGCUGGGUGGAGAUGUUUUCUCCAGACUCCUGGAGAGAAAACAACCACCACACAUUCUAGGUCCUUCAGUAGUCCUUCCUUAUGAAUGUGACAGACUUAGUCUGCGUCCAAAAUGGCAUCCUAUUCCCUAUAUAGUGCACUACUUUUGGGAAUAAGGUGUAAUUUGGGAUGCAUACUUAUUCUUUUUUAUUAUUUAUUAUAUACAGUACCAGUCAAAAGUUUGGACACACCUACUCAUUCCAGGGUUUUUCUUUAUUUGUACUAUUUUCUACAUUGUAGAAUAAUAGUGAAGACAUCAAAACUAUGAAAUAACACAUAUGGAAUCAUGUAGUAACCAAAAAAGUGUAAAGCAAAUCAAAAUAUAUUUUAUAUUUGAGAUUCUUCUAAUAGCCACCCUUUGCCUUGAUGACAGCUUUGCACACUCUUGGCAUUCUCUCAACCAAUGCAUUUCAAUUAACAGUAAAAGUUAAUUUGUGGAAUUUCUUUCCUUCUUAAUGUGUUUGAGCCAAUCAGUUGUGUUGUGACAAGGUAGGGGUGAUAUACAGAAGAUAGCCCUAUUUGGUAAAAGACCAAGUCCAUAUUAUGGCAAGAACUUCUCAAAUAAGCAAAAAGAAAUGACAGUCCAUCAUUACUUUAAUACAUGAAGGUCAGUCAAUCCGGAAAAUGUCAAGAACUUUGAAAGUUUGUUCUAGUGCAGUCACGAAAACCAUCAAGCGCUAUGAUGAAACUGGCUCUCAUGUGGACCGCCACAGGAAAGGAAGACCCAGAGUUACCUCUGCUGCAGAGGAUAAGUUCAUUAGAGUUAACUGCACCUCAGAUUGCAGCCCAAAUAAAUGCUUCACAGAGUUCAAGUAACAGACACAUCUCAACAUCAACUGUUCAGAGGAGACUGCGUGAAUCAGGCCUUCAUGGUUGAAUUGCUGCAAAGAAACCACUACUAAAGGACACCAAUAAGAAGAAGAGACUUGCUUGGGCCAAGAAACGCGAGCAAUGGACAUUAGACCGGUGGAAAUCUGUCCUUUGGUCUGAUGAGUCCGAAUUUGAGAUUUUAGGUUCCAACCACCGUGUCUUUGUGAGACGCAGAGUAGGUGAACGGAUGAUCUCUGCAUGUGUGGUUCUCACCGUGAAGCAUGGAGGAGGAGGUGUGGGGGUGCUUUGCUGGUGACACUGUUGGUUAUUUAUUUAGAAUACAAGGCACACUUAACCAGCAUGGCUACCACAGCAUUCUGCAGCGAUACACCAUCCCAUCUGGUUUGCGCUUAGUGGGACUAUUAUUUGUUUUUCAACAGGACAAUGACCCAAAACACACCUCCAGGCUGUGUAAGGGCCAUUUGACCAAGGGUGAUGGAGGGCUACAUUAGAUGACCUGUUCUCCACAAUCACCCGACCUCAACCCAAUUGAGAUGGUUUGGGAUGAGUUGGACCACACAGUGAAGGAAAAGCAGCCAACAAGUGCUCAGCAUAUGUGGGAGCUCCUUCAAGACUGUUGGAAAAGCAUUCCUCAUGAAGCUGGUUGAGGGAAUGCCAAGAGUAUGCAAAGCUGUCAUCAAGGCAAAGGGUGGCUACUUUGAAGAAUAUUUGUUUAACACUUUUAUGGUUACUACAUGAUUCCAUAUGUGUUAUUUCAUAGUGUUGAUGUCUUCACUAUUAUUCUACAAUGUAAAAAAACUUUUGACUGGUAUUGUAUAUAAAGUUGGUGAAACAUUAUGCAAACAUUAUUAAUGUGACCAGUGUUCUAUGACUCUAUGUAUAUACUGUAUGGCAGCAGUCUCUAAGGUGCAGGGUAGAGUACCGGGUGGUAGCCGGCUAGAACAGUGACUAAGGUUCAGGUCAGGGUACUGGGUGGAGGCCAGCUAGUGGUGCCCCCGGUGAUGCGUUGGGCUGACCGCACCACCUUCGGGAGAGCCCUGUUGUUGCGGACAGUGCAAUUGCCGUACCAGGCGGUGAUACUGCCCGACACGAUGCUCUGUCAUCUAUCCACGGUUUUUGGUUUGAAUAACUUCUAAUUGUCACAGUGGGAACAACAUCCUCUAUGCACUUCCUGAUUAACCCAGUCACCGAGUCAAUGUAUACAUCGAUACUAUUCUCAGAGGAACCCGGAACAUUUCCCAGUCCACUUGCAAAACAAUUUUGAGGCAUAGAUCUUCGAUUGGUCAGACCAAAGUUGCGCAGUCCUUACCAGGGGAGCUUCCUGUUUAAGUUUCUGCCUAUAGGUGCCUAUUUACCUAAUCCAUCGCUGCAUACCACUUCCAGGAUACAGCUGUGGCCUCCCCUCCCUCCAUGCUGACUGAAGAAUAUGAAAAAGGAUAGCUUUCAAUCAUCAAACAUACUACAUGUAAAGGCCUGUAAAAGGUAUUGUGCCAAUUGCAUACAGUUCAAUGGCCAUAAUAAAUAAGUAUGGGACAGAGGGCAACCUUGUUUUACGCCUCUUGACAAAUGAUUGUUGUACAUGUUGAAAAGUUUAAAAUAUCCAGGCACUUAUAAACUGAUUCUAGACGUACUGUAUCGAAGGCUUUCUCAAAAUCUGCUAUUAAGGUUAUACCUAGCUUCCCUUAAUUCUCAUAGUUCUCAAUUAUUUGUAGUAGUCAAUUUAAGAAUCCCUUCUGAUCGUGAUGAAUAAUGUCCAGUAGGACCUUUUUAAUUCUAUGAGCAAUACAUUUUGCCAAUACUUUUUGCAUUGCAUCACGAUCAGAAGGGAUUCUUAAAUGGACUACUACAAAUAAUUGAGAACUAUGAGAAUUAAGGGAAGCUAGGUAAAACCUUAAUAGCAGAUUUUGAGAAAGCCUUCGAGAGAGAUCAGUACCUAUUUUUGUGUGUCCGACAGUUUGCCAUUUAUAUACAAGUAAUUAAAACAUGAUAGUAAAGGAUAUUUCAGUAGUUCAUCAAAUGUUUGAUAUAUCUCUGUUGGAAUGCCAUCGAGGCCAGGGGUUUUCCCUGUCUGAAAGGAAUCCAUUGCCAACCAUAGUUUGUCCUGUGUAAUUAGGUAUUUUUUUGUGUCGCAGAUAGUUUAAAGCCCCAUUCAGACUUUGUAAUUUUAUUUUUUAAAUCAUCACCGUAUGUCUAAAAAAAUGAAAAAUGAAAAUAACUCAAAUACCGUAUAUAUUUUGAUAAUUUAUUUCCCUGAGCCACUUUUGGCCCUUGAAAUGCUCAGUGUGAUCAUGUGGGUGUUAAGAAACAAAUGUGAAGAUAUUUACAAACACAGCCCUAGUUGGCUGAUAAUAAUAAUCAUUAAUAAUAAUUUAUUACAUUUCUAUAGAGCUGGUCAGAGGAUGGUAGAUGAUAGGGGAUGUAGCUCAGUUGGUAGAGCAUGGCAUUUGCAACGCCAGGGUUGUGGGUUCGAUAAAAUAAUGUAUGUGCUAACUGUAAGUCGCUCUGGAUAAGAGCGUCUGCUAAAUGACUAAAAUGUAAAUGUAAAUGUAAUAGUGAUGGAGUCUGUUGAUGAUCUUGUAGAGGACAAUCUGGGAACCAGCCUGACUCUUAUAGCCACUGGACUUCUCCUCUUCCACUCUGUGUAGCACCCACUUGGGUGAUGCUUUAGCAGCUCUGGGCGCCAGAAAGCUCACCAUAUAAAGUUCAGUAUAGUAGCCAGUCGUCCUCACUACGAGCCCUCUGCCUCAGCACUGCUGUAUUCAUCUAUCUCCCAUUCCUUUCACGCUUCAGGUCGACUCCUCAAAUGAUGUUCUCAGAAGAUCAGGAAUUGUCAGCCAGGUGAAAAAAAAAGCUGGUACUAUGUACAGAUGCAUUUUUUUCAAACAACAACAUUAGCCAGCUAGCUUGCUAGCCUAAGACAAAAAUGGUUAACCUGUCAGUCAAUCUGCAAAUCCGUGGCUCAAAAACACCAGAUAUAUGCAAUAAAACCUAAAUGUUAUCAAAAACAAAAGAGCUGAUUUAAAAUCAACAAUUAAAAACACCUAAAAAUAACUAAAUAUGUACACAUUUACAGGAGCUCUGUGCUUAGGCUGCUACUAGGGCGCCAUGGCAACUGUCUAGAGCCCACCCCCUUACCCAGAUGAACAGUCAUUGGUUUGUUAUAAUCAUAUCACAUUGUGACAUCAUGAUGUGGGCCAAAAGUUCCAUCCCACCUGAAAUUUCAGGCUUUAAAAAAAAGCUCUUACACAAAAAAGGCAUUAUCAUAGUUUUGACAAUGUCAGAGUGUUGUUUUGACAUCAUAGUGUAGAAAUAUCAUUACAAAAACAAGAAAAUCACGUUUUUAACUGCACUGCCCCUUUAACAUAAUUUUUUGGAGAAGGAUAUCACAAAACCCAUUGUCAAGUGAGGUUGGAGGAACUUGACAAGAGAACAUGUUUAAAAUAUUUUACUUCCUUAUUCAAAAUCUACUUUGGUGUGAUAAGGAUUUCUCCAUUGUUUGUAACUAUUUUCUGUAGGUCUAUUGACGUACUUAAAUCUGUGGUGUAGUCCCCUACCAUUAUAAUAGAGUUAUUUGUAUCUUGGAGACUAAGUCAAUUAUUAUAAAUAUUUUCAAAGAAGUUUGGAUCACCAUUAUUCGGUCUUUAUAGAUUUAUAAACCAUAUCUCAAAUCAAACCAAAGUUUAUUUGUCGCGUACACAGAUUAGCUGAUGUUAGAGCUGGUGAAGCUAAAUGCUUUUGUUUCUAGCUCCAGCAGUGCAGUAAAUGUCUAACAGUAUAAACUAAUACACAAAUAAUCCCAAGAAAAAAAAGAAACAAAAAAAAGAAGAAGAAACAAGAGGUUAAGAAAUAUCAGAACGAGCAAUGUCAAAGUCCGGGAUAUAAAUACAUGGUGUGUAUAGACAGUAUAGACAAUAUAUAAGUAGGAAAAUGGUAUGUACAGCUGUAGUUAUAUAGGAUGAGAUAUGUCGAGAAUACAGUAUGUACAUAUAAAGUGAGUAAUCAAUUAGUUAAAUUUUUCAGAGAUCAGAAUAAUGCUGCAGGAAUGCUAAUCUUAUCUGUUCCUAAACACAUAAAUAAUUUCAGAACAAUAAACAUUAUGUAAACAUUCUUAAAGUUUGUUCAAAUGAAUAUGUACAGUGCCUUCAGAAAGUAUUCACACUAGAUCAGGGGUCUAGAGAGCUACUUUUUUUUUUUAUGUAAAUGCCGCGAGCCACACAUUUUUUUCUAGCUUUCAAAUAGGCACAUUCUUCUCUUCUCCUCUCCCCUGCAACUCUUCCCGGUCCUUAGUGUACAAGACAAAGUAGUGCACUAUGUUUUCUGUCAAUAUACCUGGUAAAAUAAUGGUUAAUAAACAGCGCUAAGGGGGCUAUACAUUUUUCCCCAAAUUAUGUUUUCUCAGUUGUAUUUUUCCUGGUUUUAGAUUUUGAAUUUUAGAUUAAUCUCAAAAUUAUAAUUAUUAGUUCUGAGUCCAUGUCAAUGGUUAAAUCGCAUCAGAUUUUUUAUUGUAAUUCCGCUUUAAUUGCACAUCUGGCCCUUUAAUUGUGCAUCUAGCAAGUGAGGAAUGUGCCAUCUAAUGUGCCGGUCUAGCGAUUGUUCUGUAGCCUACUGCUGCUGCUCAUUUCAUGGGAAAGUUAGCAAAUAACAAAUUGUCAUGUGAAUUUCUAUCUCUAAUUCAACCUAAGCUUGAAUCAUUACCAGAGGUUGUAAGGCUCUGGUUUUAAUCAUCAAUGAUUCAAGGUCCACAACCCACAAGUAUUAUCUGUAUAUUUAUUCAUGGAGAGCUCUGGCGCCAAAAACACAUACAUACUGUUUUUAUACCUCUUGACAAACAAAGGCACUAUGCUCCUCCCACCUUUAGGUGGCUUUCUUAAACAGUUUCCGCCUUCCCCUUUACCCUUGAAUGUUUAGUACCGCCCCCUCUGUUAGUGGGUUGACACUACAUGAUAAUUCUAACAUUUAUACUGUAUUUGGGGUGAAAUCCUUUAGUCAUUAUUCUUAAAAUCCAAAUUAAUCUAACACAAAUAAUAGAUACAAAAUAUAUACUUACUCAUAAUAUAUACUGAACAAAAACUUUUGACUUUUUCCACAUUUUGUUACGUUACAGCCUUAUUCUAAAAUGUAUUAAAUUGUUUCUUCAUCAAUCUACAUUUAAGUAAUUUAGCAGGCGCUCUUAUCCAGAGCGACUUACAGUUAGUGAGUGCAUACAUUAUUAAAAAAAUUCAUACUGGCCCCCCAUGGGAAAUGAACCCACAACCCUGGCGUUGCAAACACCAUGCUCUACCUACUGAGCUACAUCCCUGCCGGCCAUUCCCUCCCCUACCCUGGACCAAUUGUGCACCGCCCCAUGGGUCUCCCGGUCGGCUACGACAGAGCCUGGAUUCGAACCAGGAUCUCUAGUGGCACAGCUAGCACUGAGAUGCAGUGCCUUAGACCACUGCACCACUCAGGAGACACAAUUCCCCACAAAGCGAAAACAGGUUUUUAGAAAUGUUUGCAAAUGUAUUACAAAUAAAAAACAGAUAUACCUUAUUUACAAAGUAUUCAGACCCUUUGCUAUGAGACACGAAAUUGAGCUCAGGUGCAUCCUGUUGCCAAUGAUCAUCCUUGAGAGGUUUCUACAAAUUGAUUGGAGUCCACCUGUGGUAAAUUCAAUUGAUUGGACAUGAUUUGGAAAGGCACACACCUGUGUAUAUAAGGUCCCACAGUUGACAGGUCAUGUCAGAGCAAAAACCAAGCCAUGAGGUCGAAGGAAUUGUCCGUAGAGCUCUGACACAGGAUUUUGUCGAGGCACAGAUCUGCGGAAGGGUACACAACAUGUUCUGUCACAUUGAAGGUCCCCAAGAACACAGUGGCCUCCAUCAUUCUUAAAUGGAAGAAGUUUGUAACCACCAAGACUCUUCCUAUAGCUGGCCGCCCUGGCCAAACUGAGCAAUCGGGGGAGAAGGGCCUUGGUCAGGGAGGUGACCAAGAACCCGAUGGUUACUCUGACAGAGCUCCAGAGUUCCUCUGUGGAGAUGGGAGAACCUUCCAGAAGGACAACGAUCACUGCAGCACUCCACCAAUUAGGCCUUUAUGGUAGUGGCCAGACAGAAUCCACUCCUCAGUAAAAGGUACAUGACAGCCUGCUUGGAGUUUGCCAAAAGCCACCUAAAGGACUCUCAGACCAUGAGAAACAAGAAUAUCUGGUCUGAUGAAACCAAGAUUGAACUCUUUGGCCUGAAUGCCAAGCGUCAAGUCUGAGGACACCUGGCAGGCACAAUCCCUAUGGUGAAGCAUGGUGGUGGCAGCAUCAUGCUGUGAGGAUGUUUUUCAGUGGCAGGGACUGGGAGACUAGUCAGGAUCGAGGGAAAGAUGAACGGAGCAAAGUACAGAGAGAUCCUUGAUGAAAACCUGCUCCAGAGCACUCAGGACCUCAGACUGGGGAGGAGGUUCACAUUCCACAGGACAAUGAACCUAAGCACACAGCCAAGACAAUGCAUGAUUGGCUUUGGGACAAGUCUCAAAUGUCCUUGAGUGGCCCAGCCAGAGCCCAGACUUGAACCCGAUCUAACAUCUCUGGAGAGACCUGAAAAUAGCUUUUCUGCGACGCUCCCAAUUCCAAUGUGACAGCGCUUGAGAGGAUCUGCAGAGAAGAAUGGGAGAAACUCCACAAAUACAGGUAUAUAAGCUUGUAGUGCCAUACCCAAGAAGACUCAAGGCUGUAAUCGCUGCCAAAGGUGCUUCAACAAAGUACUGAGUAAAGGGUCUGAAUAUUUAUGUAAAUGUGAUAUUUCAGUUUUAGAUUUUUAAUACAUUUGCAAAAAUUAUAAAAACCUGUUUUUACUUUUUUCAUUACGGGGUAAUGUGUGUAGAUUGAUGAAGAAAAAAACUAUUUAAUCAAUUUUAUAAUAAGGCUGUAACGUAACAAAAUGUGGAAAAAGUCAAGGUGUCUGAAUACUUUCUGAAUGGACUGUAUAUACAGUCACAGUCAAAAGUUUGGACGCACCUACUCAUUCAAGGGUUUUUCUUUAUUUUUUUCUAUUUUCUACUUUGUAGAAUAAUAGUGAAGACAUCAAAACUAUGAAAUAACCCAUAUGGAAUUAUGUAGUAACCAUAAAAGUGUUAAACAAAUCCAAAAUAUGUUUUAGGUUCUUCAAAAUAGCCACCCUUUGCCUUGAUGACAGCUUUGCACACUCUUUCCCAACAGCCUUGAAGGAGUUCCCACAUAUGCUGAGCACUUGUUGGCUGCUUUUCCUUCACUCUGCGGUCCAACUCAUCCCAAACCAUCUCAAUUGGGUUGAGGUUGGGUGAUUGUGGAGGCCAGGUCAUCUGAUGCAGCCACUCCAUCACUCUCCUUCUUGGUCAAGUAGCCCUUACACAGCCUGGAGGUGUGUUGGGUCAUUAUCCUGUUGAAAAACAAAUGAUAGUUCCACUAAGCGCAAACUAGAUGGGAUGGCGUAUCGCUGCAGAGUGCUGUGGUAGCCAUGCUGGUUAAGUGUGCCUUGAAUUCUAAAUAAAUAACCGACAGUGUCACCAGCAAAGCACCCCCACACCAUCACACCUCCUCCUCCAUGCUUCACGGUGGGAACCACACAUGCGGAGAUCAUCCGUUCACCUACUCUGCGUCUCACAAAAACACGGCGGUUGGAACCAAAAAUCUCAGAUUUGGACUCAUCAGACCAAAGGACAUAUUUCCACCAGUCUAAUGUCCAUUGCUCAUGUUUCUUGGCCCAAGCAAGCCUCUUCUUCUUAUUGGUGUCCUUUAAUAUUGGUUUCUUUGCAGCAAUUCGACCAUGAAGGCCUGAUUCACGCAGUCUCCUCUGAACCUAUGAUGUUGAGAUGUGUCUGUUACUUGAACUCUGUGAAGCACUUAUUUGGGCUGCAAUUUCUGAGGCUGGUAACCAAAUAGGUACCAAAUAGGGUAUACCACCCCUACCUUGUCAAAUAACAACUGAUUGGCUCAAACGCAUUAAGAAGGAAAGAAAUUCCACAAGUUAACUUUUACCAAAGCACACAUGUUUAUUUAAAUGCAUUCCAGGUGACUACCUCAUGAAGCUGGUUGAGAGAAUGCCAAGAGUGUGCAAAGCUGUCAUCAAGGCAACGGGUAGCUACUUUGAAGAAUCUCAAAUAUAAAAUAUAUUUUGAUGUAACACUUGUUGGGUUAUUACAUGAUUCCAUAUGUGUUAUUUCAUAGUUUGUAUGUCUUCACUAUUAUUGUACAGUGUAGAAAAUAGUAAAAAUCAAGAAAAACCCUGGAUUGAGUAGGUGUGUCCAAACUUUUGACUGGUACUGUAUAUAUAUAUAUAUAUAUAUAUAUAUAUAUAUAUAUAUAUAUAUAUAUAUAUACAGUGGGGAGAACAAGUAUUUGAUACACUGCUGAUUUUGCAGGUUUUCCUACUUACAAAGCAUGUAGAGGUCUGUAAUUUUUUAUCAUAGGUACACUUCAACUGUGAGAGACGGAAUCUAAAAAAAAAAUCCAGAAAAUCACAUUGUAUGAUUUUUAAGUAAUUCAUUUGCAUUUUAUUGCAUGACAUAAGUAUUUGAUACAUCAGAAAAGCAGAACUUAAAAUUUGGUACAGAAACCUUUGUUUGCAAUUACAGAGAUCAUACGUUUCCUGUAGGUCUUGCCCAGGUUUGCACACACUGCAGCAGGGAUUUUGGCCCACUCCUCCAUACAGACCUUCUCCAGAUCCUUCAGGUUUCGGGGCUGUCGCUGGGCAAUACGGACUUUCAGCUCCCUCCAAAGAUUUUCUAUUGGGUUCAGGUCUGGAGACUGGCUAGGCCACUCCAGGACCUUGAGAUGCUUCUUACGGAGCCACUCCUUAGUUGCCCUGGCUGUGUGUUUCGGGUCGUUGUCAUGCUGGAAGACCCAGCCCCGACCCAUCUUCAAUGCUCUAACUGAGAGAAGGAGGUUGUUGGCCAAGAUCUCGCGAUACAUGGCCUCAUCCAUCCUCCCCUCAAUACGGUGCAGUCGUCCUGUCCCCUUUGCAGAAAAGCAUCCCCAAAGAAUUAUGUUUCCACCUCCAUGCUUCAUGGUUGGGAUGGUGUUCUUGGGGUUGUACUCAUCCUUCUUCUUCCUCCAAACACGGCGAGUGGAGUUUAGACCAAAAAGCUCUAUUUUUGUCUCAUUAGACCACAUGACCUUCUGCCAUUCCUCCUCUGGAUCAUCCAGAUGGUCAUUGGCAAACUUCAGACGGGCCUGGACAUACGCUGAGCAGGGGCACCUUACGUGUGCUGCAGGAUUUUAAUCCAUGACGGCGUAGUGUGUUACUAAUGGUUUUCUUUAAGACUGUGGUCCCAGCUCUCUUCAGGUCAUUGGCCAGGUCCUGCCGUGUAGUUCUGGGCUGAUCCAUCACCUUCCUCAUGAUCAUUGAUGCCCCACGAGGUGAGAUCUUGCAUGGAGCCCCAGACCGAGGGUGAUUGACCGUCAUCUUAAACUUCUUCCAUUUUCUAAUAAUUGCGCCAACAGUUGUUGCCUUCUCACCAAGCUGCUUGCCUAUUGUCCUGUAGCCCAUCCCAGCCUUGUGCAGGUCUACAAUUUUAUCCCUGAUCGCCUUACACAGCUCUCUGGUCUUGGCCAUUGUGGAGAGGUUGGAGUCUGUUUGAUUGAGUGUGUGGACAGGUGUCUUUUAUACAGGUAACGAUUUCAAACAGGUGCAGUUAAUACAGGUAAUGAGUGGAGAACAGGAGGGCUUCUUAAAGAAAAACUAACAGGUCUGUGAGAGCCGGAAUUCUUACUGGUUGGUAGGUGAUCAAAUACUUAUGUCAUGCAAUAAAAUGCAAAUGAAUUACUUAAAAAUCAUACAAUGUGAUUUUCUGGAUUUUUUUUUUUGAUUCCGUCUCUCACAGUUGAAGUGUACCUAUGAUAAAAUGUACAGACCUCUACAUGCUUUGUAAGUAGGAAAACCUGCAAAAUCAGCAGUGUAUCAAAUACUUGUUCUCCCCACUGUAUAUAUAUAUAUAUAUAUAUAUACAAAAACUAAUUAUUUAAAAACUCAUACUUAUUUAACAUUGCACACGUUCCUCUCUGAAUUAGGUGAGACACUGUGGCAUAAUGUCAUAGUAAUGUCAGUGAAAUUAUCCCAUUUGGACAUGGGAUAAAUUGGACAAAUAUAAAUGAACAUUCAAACAUUUUCAAUACCACCGUGAACACUUAAAGUCAAGUACUAUCUUCUUCUUAGGAGAUCACAUUUCUUGGUAAUGAUCUAUCACCAUAAUUUCCUUGAUCUCUACUAUAUCCUGAAGUGUGAAUUACAUAGGGUUGAUCCUGAUCCUGCAUCAGGUCCUGACACUGAUAUUAUCAAAGUGGAGAUGUUGCUUCUUUCCUCUGUUCUAAACCCAGAGAAAGAGGUUAUAAUGGCCUUUUGUAUCAGGUAACACCAUUCAACUUCAUUUCAAACGCUCACUGCUCCACUGGGGCAGACCGUUGCUCCAGGAGUUAAGCUACUGUUAGUUAUGAUUUUUCUUGUUUUUUCAAUAUAAUCCUUUUUUUAUUUUCACACCUGCGUUAAGGCACAGUAGUGUGCAUCCAGUGAUCACCAAUGUCCAGCUACAGUCAGAACACUCUUGAACAUUCCUCUGGCUCGAAGUUGAGGGCUUGAGAGGGGCUUAUGGCCUUGGACUCCGCAUGAUGAAAGAAAUAUGUGUUUUCGCCAUUCAGAGAUCAACAGAGCAGCUGCAUUGAGUCAAUUAUCAGAUUAUAGUAAAAGCUGUGCGAUUUAAGGCUAUGCAUAAUUUUUAAGGUGGAAUGUGUAUAGUUUUGGAGUAAGUGUGUUUGUCUAUUUUAUGCAUGUUUAGGGAUUACUUGGUGUACUCACUGUUCUGUGAGUUAAUAGAAUGGAUUUCCGGUAUGCAAUGAGAUAUGUGCUGUACAAGACUUGAACUUCUCCUGGACUGCGCCACAUGGCAGCAAAAUCAAUCAAUAAAAAAUAUUCACACUCGUCAGGCUUUGUCACAUGUACUGCUACAGAGAGGGGCCCUGGGUUCUCUCAAUUCUUUUUAACCUGAACCCAUGCCUCAUUGACUCAAAGAUUGAGUAUUAAAAAAAGAUUAGCUAAUUCCUCGUGAAGCCCCUUCUGGCACAAAGUGAUCUCUCAGGCAGGCCCAGGCAUAGGCUGCUGGAGAAGUUUGGAAUUUGUGUCUCGGAGGAAAUUAUAAAAGGGUGUUCAAAUCAAGAGAUAUUUUUUUUCAUAAUCUCCUCUCCCUCGUAGUCAUGUAACUGUGUUUUUAUUAUCUUAGUCAAGCGGGUCGGUCACAUGUACAACUGAACAGACACACUUUUUGAUUGUGUUUGUAAUAAAGUUUAAUUUCACAUUAUGAAUUGAACGUCUUCUAUCCAAUGUAGAUAUGAUGAUUGCAUUACACAUUGGUGUAGUAGUCCGGGAGCUAAAGACAAGCGAGGCUAAAGGACAUAACUCUUAACUGAAACAACACUGUAACUUGUCUAGACAUUGAACUCCUUAGAGAUUCGGUGGAGGCUAAACAGUUGUCUGCAGUUGUUUUCUCUAUUUCCACCUCUCUUGCUGAAACAGUAAACAGGUGUGACUGUUAGACGUCUCCCUUCAAUCCCUCUAUGGACGCUUCCCAAAUGACACCCUAUUCCCUAUGUAUUGCUUAUGGGCCCUGGUCAAAAUUAGUGCUCUAUAAAAGGAAUAGGGUGCCAUUUGGGACGCUGGCUAUAUGAAACCUCCUGCAGCAGCAGCUGACAUGACUGGCCUGUCUAAGAGGAGUCUCAACAGAAGUUAUUAAGUUAGUCAGCUUUGCCCCUUCUGUACACUCAAUUGGCCUGGCGAGGGAGUCUAUACAGCUGGUUGAACCUGAGAAGAAACAGUGAUGGUGUGUGAUAGGGAAUGGCCUGCACGAUGCACAUGACAGGCAGGCAGGGAGGGGCUUUAUUGGAGCAGUAUGUAGGGAGGACUGAGGAGGAAUCAGUAUGAGGUGUGUUCAGGUGGGAUGUUCUUGGGCUGGAGCUGGGCUAGGCUGGGACUGGGCUAGGCUGGGACUGGGCUGGGAUGGGCUGAGGCUGGGCUGGGUUGGGGCUAGGCUGGGACUGGGCUGGGAUGGGCUGAGGCUGGGCUGGGUUGGGGCUAGGCUCGGGCUGAGCUGGGGCUGGGGUUGGCAGGGAGACGUCACACACACAGAACAGGCCUGUAUGGAGCCAUCACUGGGUGUGCAGACGGACAGCUGGUAUUAAUAUCACAGGGUGCCUGUCUGCAGGUCCCUCGCACGGCACCGAUUCUGUUUCACUAGAUUUAAUGAAUCCCAUUCACUGAAUCAUGCGAUAUGGAAUUGGCACAAGGCAGAGCGGUGACUGCACGCUCAUGUCUUCCAGCUCCAGAAAAUAAGUCAUUCAUUUUAGCUUCGACACAAUGGACUGCUAACUGCCGAUCUCCCUUCCCCCCAUUCCUUACAAUAGGCCUCCUUGUAGCUCAGUUGGUAGAGCAUGGCGCUUGCAACGCCAGGGUUGUGGGUUUGAUUCCCACGGGGGGGGGGGGGGCAGUAUGAAAAUGUAAGUCGCUCUGGAUAAGAGUGUCUGCUAAAAUGACUAAAAUGUAAAAUAAUAUAGCAGCUCGAAACAGUGAAUAGAGAUGUUGUCGACAACUGACCUAAAAUACAACUGGAUAUUUUCCAAAGAACAAUACCGAAUGAUGUUGUGGUCCAUAAGAUAAAGACAGGGGAAUCUUCAGUUGCAGCUGUACAUCCCUCUGGGCCAGGGUGGUAAGCCCCCCUUCUACAGAAAUAGCCCUGCAGCUGUGUGCUAGCCCUAUCUGAGAUACCAGGGGUAUUGAGGUUUUACCCAAAAGGCUCCGACCUUCCUGUUUCAAUCUACGCAGGCCGGCACCCGUGUCUCACUGGGCCUUGGCUCCGGCGGACCUGCUCUGACUUGGAGCCAAGGCAAGGCCCUGGGUACUUUUCAGCUUGAAUUAACAUAUCAAUGGCUAACUGUGAACUUUAACAUCUUCGCACAAAGCAACAGUCUUGAAUGAUGCAGAGGUUGUUGAUUCUGCUCGCCACAAGUCUUUAGUGUCACACUCCUGAUGGAACACAAUAACACUAGAGCCUACAUUAACAUAAAACACUGGCGGCCCACUCAUUGGAAAAGCACUAAAUGACCUGGGUCACUCUUUGUUCGCUCCUCUGAUGACACCACUGUGUGUGUGUGUUUGUGUGUGCGUGUCUGUGUGAUCUUUCAGACAUCCGGGAGACAGCGUUUGUGUACGCCAUCACGGCGGCUGGGGUGACCCACACGGUAACGCAGGCCUGCAGUAUGGGGGAGCUGCUGCAGUGUGGCUGUGAGGCAACUAGGAGCAGGGCUCCCCCCCGGCCUGCCUCCUUCUCCACCACCACCUCUGGCGAGGGAGUCAAGUGGGAGUGGGGCGGCUGCGGAGACGAUGUGGAGUUUGGCUACGAGAAGUCAAAGCAAUUCAUGGAUGCCAAGAGGAAAAAGGGCAAGAGUGACAUCAGGACGUUGAUCGAUCUCCACAACAACGAAGCAGGACGACUGGUACAGUGAAACUUUUAUUUUAUUUUUUAAUAAGGAGUGUGACAGUCCCACUCCUUUCAUACUUUUUCAUGCUUUAUUACAGCGGAUAGAUAUAGAGAGGAAAGAACAGUGGGUCGAAUUCGAACCCAUGCUUGCAGUUGUACAAUGUUAAUGUGCUCUAGAGGCAGUAGCUUAUAGAACGCUAGACCACCCCAGGCUGUGAACUAACUUUUUAUCAUUCACUCCAAACACACUCAUCUCGUAUGUUUUAUUUGAUCUCUGCUGAUAUAAGCAAAAGUACAGGAAAGGAUACUUCAGAUUUUUUGUUGUUGAUUAUGUUCACCUGAUGCUCACCUUUUUUGGAAACAAAGGUGAAAAUUAGGUUUAGAUGCUGAAAGUAUUAAUUGUCUAGCUGAAUGUUCCUCCUUUCAUCCAAUGCAUCAUCCAAGACAGCCUCUAGCCAUAGUUUUGUAACACUGUAAACUGAUAUUUUAACAAGAAUCAUGUUUCUGAAACAAGGAAACAAGUGAGAGCCACACAGUUUGUUUUCAAGCCUUUAAGGCAAGUAGCUGCUAAUAUUUAUCCUUGUAAAACGUACAUUUUUCCAGCUCUCUGUUAAGGACUAAAUAAAUGUAUGUUGACAAAGUGAAAUAUUGGAAAUACAAUGACUUUCUUGUUGAUAGGGAGAGAGGAACAUUGCACUCAGGGUUUCCCCUAGUAUUUUUUUUCACAGCAGUGGUGGCAAGGGUGUGGGGGGGUGCAUUGCUACUACCGUUAGCGUAAUGACAUGCUAGCUGUUCCCAUAUACUUCCAGUCAUUGAGCCAACGACUAUCCAUUUAAAAGCGCAUCUCGGCAGAAGCGGUGGCAACAAUUUAGCAGCAGUGGUCCAUCGCUGCUAAAUGAAUAUAGGGGAAACACUAACACAGUUUGGAGGUUGUCUGCUCUUUUGAGAAGGUAAUUACAGGUUAUUGCUCUGAAUUUCCUGGGACUUGCUCACCCUUGUCAGUAUUGCUUAAUCACAGUAUGUUACACUGUCACACAAGCCAAAACCUUUCUAAGGGGUCAGAGACAGGUAAAUGGGGAGGAGUGGCUGUGUAGUUGGGCCAAUUAUAGUCUCAGGAGGACAGCUUUGGAAAAUAACAUACAAGUAGCAAAGGGAGCCCAAAUGUAGGAACAACAAAGUGAUCUUAAAGAGCUACUAGAGGUUAGAACUCUGCAUGCAGCCAGAAUGGGUUAAUUACCACAAGUAUAACUGAAUGAUUUCUGUUCUGUUCUGUUCUGUUGUCAAGGUCUGUGAGCUCUGGGAAGGCCAGAGGCAAGAGGGGGAAGGUAAAUUCCUUCUGUAUAGCGUCUGCUUUUAUCUCACCUAUCUAUCUCUGUGUCUUAACUACAGGCGGUGAGGAAUUAUAUGAGGAUUGAAUGUAAAUGUCAUGGCCUGUCCGGGUCUUGCACACUCCGGACCUGCUGGAAAAAGAUGCCUCACUUUCGCGAGGUGGGUGAUCGCCUGCUGGAGAGGUUUAAUGGAGCUUCCAAGGUGAUGGGAGGCAACGAUGGCAAGACCCUAAUUCCUGUGGGCCAGAACAUCAAGCCUCCAGACAAACAGGACCUGAUCUACUCAGCCGAAUCGCCCGAUUUCUGCUCACCCAACAGGAAAACGGGCUCGCUGGGCACGCGAGGCCGCAUGUGCAACAGCACAGCCAUGGACGUGAGUGGCUGUGACCUGCUGUGCUGCGAGCGUGGCUACCGAGACGAGACGGUGGUAUUCGAGGAGAACUGUCUCUGCCGCUUCCACUGGUGCUGCGUGGUGCAGUGUAAGAAGUGCUCGGUGAGGAAAGAGCUCAGUCUCUGUCACUAGCAUUACAACAGAGGAACUUGGUUGGUUUCAGGCCUGGCCUCUUCAGCCUCAGAGGAAUAAUGCACUGAGAUCAGGCUCCCACAGUUCACUUCAGGAGCAUGCUGA